GUUGUAGUACCUGAGCACCUUUCUAUGGAUGUGGAAUCAUUAGGGUUAAGCAAUGAUGACCCUGAAGAUCCCACAGACCUUGUGAAAUUCUUUAAAAUGCCUCUUAUAAAAAUUAGAAAAGAGAUUGUUGCUUUAGCAGCCGUGCAUCCUACCACUGAUGAGAUACGACAGAGGGUGGAAUUAUUGUAUAAGACAACAGAAAACUUGCAAGUGCUGUCAAUGUUACUGUGCAAAUGCCGACACCGCCCCAUCAGAGGUCACCCUCACUUGUAUUGCCGACUGCAAUGUCGGAAACAUGUAGCAUGCAGACAUCCUCUAGUGCACAUCAUAUUGGCCCGCCCACUGUUGGAGGAGAUGCAUAUGAGGAUGUGCCACAGGCGACUACUACUGAUAACAUAGCAUCGUUUCUUGGAUCUUCUCGUAUUGCUAGUACGGGAACAUUGCAGGCCACAUUCGUGGUGAGCGAUAAAGAAAUG